AUGAGCGUCGACUAUAUACCACAGCCAAAGACGUUCGUCUACGACCCCAAACACGAUACCAAGCUCGAUGCUUAUCUUCCCACCAAGUACGGAGUACACGGCAAAGUUCCUACGCUCGUCCAUUUCCAUGGCGGAGGUAUAGUCACCGGGUCCAGGAAUGAUGGCUUUUUCAUACCCUUUUUGAGAGAAGAAUUGCCUGCGAAAGGCAUUUUGGUCAUAUCUGCCGACUAUAGACUUCUCCUCCCCAGCACCGCCGACGAUAUCCUGCAGGACGUUCACACCGUAUUCCAUUACGUCGGGUCCCAUCAUACCAAGCUUGCCCAAUAUCUCAGCUCAGCAAACCUCUCUGUCGAUCCUGCACGUAUCAUCGUGAGCGGCGCUUCAGGCGGCAAUUACCCUGCCAAGGCGGCUGCUACACUGUCAUCCGUCGUCCCUCGACCUCUCGGCUGGCUGGACUUCUAUGGCGAGGGAGGAGACUGGCUCAGUGACUUCUGGGUGAAGCCGUACGAUGUCAUACCGCAUAUGGCGUACUACAAAUACGACGAAGCCAAGGCAGAGGAGCUGGAGAGGACAAAAGGAGGAGGCAAGGUGAUCUCUGAUUCACCUGUAAUAUUCGGCACAGAUCUUGUAGCGAGGGACCUUGAUAAUCGGUUCGGGCUCUUUGCUCAUUGGCUGAAGAACGGUACGACUCUCGACAACCUCCUCUUAUCCCCCGGCCUGGGUGCCAAGCUCGCGCAAACCCCUCACUCAGAGCGCCUGUCUCUAGUACCUGCCGACAAACAACACCUCCUGCUCCCCAUUACCCCCGAAACCUGUCCCGCCUAUCUAGUACACGGCACAGCAGACGGAAUGGUUCCCGUAGAGGAUAGCAAGGCUAUAGAGCGGGACAUGAAAGAGUUUGGGCUAAGGGUGGGGACGGAUUAUGUGGGUGGGGCGGCUCAUGGGCUCAGAGACCCCAAAACGAGAGCACCCGUUGGGUCUACACCUGCGAUUGUGCAGGGGGUUCUAAAAUGGAUCGACGAGCUGGUCGAGGUACGUCAGUAA